CCUGUGAUUGGCCCGUCGGUUUGAUAGUGGGAAGUGUCCGGUACGCCGGUGUCUCCCUUGGUUGCGCAAGACGCCAUUUUGGAGUGACAGUGAAAGAUAACGGAAAGAUCGAGAAGCUGAAUCUUUCUGGGGGACGAGAAACAGAUUUGUCACCAUGGGGAAUGUGUUCGCAGCCUUAUUCAAGGGCCUCUUUGGCAAAAAGGAGAUGAGGAUUCUCAUGGUCGGGCUCGAUGCUGCUGGAAAAACAACCAUCCUAUAUAAACUCAAACUUGGAGAGAUAGUCACCACCAUUCCCACCAUUGGUUUUAAUGUUGAAACUGUAGAAUACAAGAACAUCAGCUUCACAGUGUGGGAUGUGGGCGGUCAGGACAAAAUCAGGCCGCUGUGGCGCCACUACUUCCAGAACACUCAAGGGCUCAUCUUUGUGGUGGACAGCAACGACAGGGAGCGAGUGAACGAGGCGAGGGAGGAGUUGUCCAGAAUGCUCUCCGAGGACGAGCUCAGAGACGCCGUGCUGCUCGUUUUUGCAAAUAAACAGGAUCUCCCCAACGCCAUGAACGCUGCAGAGAUCACAGACAAGCUGGGCUUGCACGCCCUCCGUCAGCGCAGCUGGUACAUCCAGGCCACCUGCGCCACCAGCGGGGACGGCUUGUACGAGGGCCUGGACUGGCUCUCCAACCAGCUGAAGAACCAGAAAUGAUCCAUUCCACCAGUUUUGAUUUUUUUCUCUUUUUUUUUUUUUUUGUUUGUUGUUUAUUUUUCUGUUUCAACACAGCGGCAGCACCGGAUCCAGGCCCCCCUCGCUCCAUCUAACCCACUUUUCAACCCCCGGCUCUUUCUUUUCAAGAACUUCCUUCAUUCCCUUCCUCCUGCGCUCCCUUCCCUCCUCCCUCCUCGUCCCCUCCUCGUCAGUACUCUCGGGGCUCUAGCCUGUGCUGCUUGUGUGUGUGUGUGUGUGUGUGAGUGCUUGUGCGUGUGUGUGUGGGCGUGCAUGUGUGUGUGCGCGUGUACCUCGUGUGUGUUCAGCGAGUGUGUGCGUGGGUGUGAAGGCGUCUCUGUGUGUGUUGGCUGGGAUUGGGAGUAACCCUGGCGUGCCUUUUACACACCUCCUGUGGAAUCAGCAGUCUGGUUUUCAAGCCCCUCUCUCCAUCCACCAAACAGCCUCCGCCCCACUCAGCCGACCCCCCCACUCCAAGUCUUGCACGGCCCCCUUCUCCGCCCCCCCCUCCUCCACCCUUACUCUCCAGAGGAAGCAUGGUUUUCAUACGGCAAAGAAAGAGCAAGGGUGCAAGCCCCGCCCGCCCCGCCCCGCCCCGCCCUGUAGUAUAUAUCUAUGUUAACUAGAAAUGUUCACCCGAUGUAGACUGAAUGCUAAACGUUCAUUUUAACCUCCUCUUUGGUUUUCAAACCUCGAACGCACCCACCCGUAAGAGAUUCAGCAAAUUGCAUCUUAACCUGUAUCAGGUCGACGCAAAGCAGAAAAAGAAAAAACAAAAAAAACAACAACGCCCAUCCUCGAUCAUUCUGGUGUCAUUUGAAAAUCAUGCUGUUUGUGUUAUUGUUAUUAUUAUUAUUAUUAUUAUUAUUAUUAUAUUGGAAUAUCACAUAUUAUUCUUAGCAAUGGUUCUCCAGUGAACACUACUUUUCUCCCCCCACUAAGAGAGACCGUGAAGCACAAGGCAAGCCAACAAUCUGAAAAACUAAAACUUUAAAAAAUUAAAACGAGUUUACGCAAACGAUCGUCUUCAAAUUCUCCUCUUUGGUUAGCUGGCGUUUUAAUCCCCCGGGGAUUAAAUUGGGAUUAUUUCAAGACGACCUUCAGUACAGCGAUUCUCUCCGACAGUGUUCCUGCGUCACGUAGGCCAAGAAACAACCAGGUGUUGGGCAUUUCACAAACUUUGAGCCGUUAGAGAAGGUGUCCCGAUACAUUCACAGCUUCACAUGUUAUUCCUUUAAGAGAUGUUACAUGUGUUUUUUUUUUUUUUUUCUGUAACUAGUGUUAGCGUUUCUAUUUGUACUCUGACUGCUGAACCAAAUGCAUUUGAGCAGUGUGACAAAUCCUGUAUAUGAACGUAGUCUAUCCUCAACUCAUCUGCAUAUGAUUUUGACUGAAGAGGUUUUCUCCUCACCAACGGUUGUCAGGUUUAUUUUGAAAAUCUGAAAGCAUCCAGCUGUCUAAGUUUCCUGUUUUUGGAUGAAGGAUUGGCACCAGAUAUGAAGUCUCUUUUAACUGUGAAUGGUCCAGACAUGAAGAAAGGGAAGCCGCUUCUUGAUGUCUGGUUGUUGACAGGCUACUUCCACACGUUAGAAAGCGCCGCGUACUUCAUGGCCCCGAACAGACCAACACAACAAGCACUCUGUCAGUCGCUCGUCCGCGAGCUGGAAGGACUUGGUGGUAGAACUGUUUCUAGGGGGAACGGGUGUGUGCGGUUAACCGGUCGUGAGAUUCAGCAGGCGUUCUCAGAGUCGAACCACACGGGGGGGUUAAAGCUGGCACUUCUGUCAAGAAUGAUUGUAAAUCUGUAAGUUCCCCUGUAAACUGUUUCCGUGGGGAUUUCCUGAACACAUUAAUAAACAUGAUUUGAUCCAACAA